CGGCGACCACUGUGGACGAAGAGACUAAAAGUCAACAUCGCGACAUUCCCCGAUUCGGCGAUUCGACCACCAUCCCAAGUCACAAGAUAAUGCUUGCAAGAAUCAAGGUUUAUCAUCUCUCGUAAUUGCCUAAUAACAACCGCAUUAGGCUAUUCGACCGCGCCGAAAUCGCUCUUGUCAAAGGGCGGAGCACUGAUGAGAAAUGCUUUUCUGUCAGAAGGCGCCGUUACGCGAUGAGUAUUCUCUCCCACCUCCUGAACAAAAGCUCAUCCCAUCCAUCUUCCAAGUCGUCAAUUGUUGUGAACAUCCUUUGAACUUUCAUCAACAUGGCCUCGUCUCGUCGAUCCCUUCACUUCAACCCUUCCGCUCGAGCUUGGGUCACACCACCCGGAGAGCCCACUGACCUUGUCGAUGCAUUCCAUCAAAGCCUUCCCGAAUACACUCCAACGAGGCUUGUAUCUCUUCACGAGGUGGCAAGAGAGCUUGGGGUGGGCGCUGUUUACCUGAAAGAGGAAAGUAACCGCUUGGGUUUGCCGUCUUUCAAGAGCCUCGGAGCUUCUUGGGGAGCAUUCAGGGCCGUCACAAAGAAUCUCAAGCUACCUUUGGAUAGCAGCAUCACCCAAGUCAAAGAAGCGGCUAAAGCCGAUCCUACGACCGUGCACGCUGCCACGGCAGGCAAUCACGGACGUGCUGUCGCUCGAGUCGGUAGCCUACUUGGGCUCACAGUCAGAAUAUUUGUCCCUCAGGAUAUGCAUCCUGAUACAAUUCGACUGAUUACUGACGAGGGCGCCCGUCUAACAGUGGUCCCUGGCAGUUAUGAUGACGCUGUCACCACCGCUUUCGCACAGUGUGAAGAAAACGGAGGCAUUAUGAUACAAGACACGGCGUUCGAAGGAUACGAAGACGUCCCCAGUUGGAUUGUCCAAGGCUACUCGACGAUGAUGCGAGAAAUCGACAUCCAACUGAACGGUCUUCAACCUGAUCUUGUUAUUACACCUGUCGGUGUUGGCUCCUUUGCACAAGCAGUCGUGUCGCACUACAAAAACCCGGGUCGCUCCACCUCCGUCCUCACAGUCGAACCGGAUACCGCGGCAUGUCUUUGGAAGAGCCUGGAAAAAGGCACCGCCACGCCUUUGCAAACAAUCCCUACUAUCAUGGCAGGCAUGGACUGCGGGACCGUCUCCAGCAUCGCUUGGCCAAUUCUGUCUUCUGGAGUCGAUGCCAGCUCGACUGUUUCUGACCACGAAGCUCACACUGCGACGGUUUACCUUGGCUCUAAAGGCGUUUCCGCCGGCCCUUGUGGCGCAGCAUCGUUGGCUUCCCUUCGCCGCCUUAGCCCCACCGACAAAUCAACUCUCGGGCUUCACUCAGGCUCGGUGGUGGUCUUGCUCUGCACCGAGGGUAGCCGUGCCUACGAUAUCCCGAAGAGCGUGUCCAGUGACGACGCUGCAUCCAUCGCUCAGACACUUGUCCAGAUCAAUUCUGCAAGCCCUUCCGGCGGAGUAACUCCCGGUCCAGGCGAGACCGCAGUUGCAAGAUACAUCGCGGCUUGGUUGGAACAUCGCGAUAUUGAAACCCAUUGGAUCGAGCAGGUUCCCGGCCGUCCAUCCGUGGUCGGUGUGGUAAGAGGAAGCGGUGGAGGCAAGAGCCUUAUGCUCAAUGGGCAUAUUGACACUGUCACGCUUGCUGGCUACGAUGGAGAUGCUCUGAGCGGACACAUCAAGGAUGGUAAACUUUACGGUCGCGGGUCUGCAGACAUGAAGGGUAGUGUAGCUGCAUUCCUUGCCAUCCUCGUGGAAGCGAAGCGCGCUGGGCUUCGGGGCGAUGUCAUCUUCACUGGCGUGGCUGAUGAGGAAGACUUGAGCAUCGGCACCGAGCAAGUAUUGCAGGCUGGUUGGCGGGCUGAUGCCGCUAUCGUGGGCGAGCCUAGUAACCUGGACAUUGUCUUCGCCCACAAAGGUUUUGUUUGGCUGCAAGUUGACAUCAUAGGGGUCGCUUGCCAUGGGUCGCAGCCUGGGCUUGGGGUUGACGCUAUUUCCAAAGCGGGGUAUUUCUUGGUUGAAUUGGACAAGUAUGCUCAAGAGCUUCAAGCAAGUCCUCAGCAGUCAGCACUGGGAACGGGCAGUGUCCACGCUUCGCUCAUUAAGGGAGGCGAAGAGGCGUCUUCUUACCCCGCCCAAUGCACUAUCGUGCUGGAGAGACGGACAGUCACAGGGGAAACGCCUAUGUCUGUCCGCGAAGAGGUCGAGUGUAUUUUGAAUCGCAUUUCGAAGGGCGUUUCCGGCUUCUCGUACAAACUGGAAGUCAUGUUCUCCCGUCCUACGUUUGAGAUUCAGCCAGAACAUGCGUUCGUUUCGCUUGUCGCUCAACAUGCAAAGUACCAGACUGGUGAAGCACCAGCGCUCCGUGUAGAACCCUUUUGGACGGACUGUGCUCUUCUCGCUGGGAAACAGAUACCUGUAGUUAUUUUCGGUCCCUACGGACAUGGACUACAUGCAAAGGAAGAAUGGGUCGAUGUUAAAUCGGUAGAGGUAAUGGUAAAGACGGUUCUAGGUGUUGCGUAUAGCUUCUGUACGUAG